AUGAGAUUCUCAGCCCAACAACUUUUUCUAUGGCUUGUUUUGUCUCUGUCGGAAGGUGCUCGAAUAAAGGGUCGACAUUCUCAUCAUCACCACCGAGAUUUGCAGGAAGAAGAUCCUCACAGACGCUAUUCCUGUCCUCAGACCAAUCCAGAGCAAUAUGAAACCAGUCUGUUGCUGACGCAUGAUGGAACUUCUUCUACGGGUCAAGCAAUCACAGAUAACGAUUUUGCGGCCUUGGAACUAGCCAUGCUGAAAACGUACAAUGAUCUAUCGGAAGAUAUCUGUGAUUCCCAGUUUCGCAAUAUCACACAGGUGGCAGUCGAUCGAGAUACCCUCACAAAUGUUCGGGAAAGGACAUUGUGGUUUACCGUACGCUAUGUCAUUGCUGGGUACUGCGAUGGGUGUUCCAGGAACAAGGGUGGCCCACUGUUUGGGGAAAUGCCCGAGUAUCCUUCGAGUUCAUCAUCCAGCGGCGACGACCGACGGGGGCGGAAACGACAAUUGAGACAAUUUCAAGCCUCCAAGAAGAAAGCAACCCACGAAGAUGAUAAGGAAAGGGAACUGGGGAAGAGAUCAGGGCGUAAUCCCUGCUACUGUGCCAGUAAACGAAGACGAAGAGGUCGCAAUGGGCCCGAAGAGGAUGAUUGGAUGGAGGAAAUCAAUGACAUGCUGCAAUCAUCAUCAACAGCCAGGGCAUCAUCCACCAACUACACCGUAUCCAGUUUGGUGGAGGUUAAGGAACUCGCCUGUAGUGCUGCGAGCACGUUUCCAACAGUCCUGCUCAUGGAGGUUGAUGAUGGGGAACCUAAUGACCUCACUGAGGAGGAAGAAGUGGCAUUGGAGAGGGCAGUUGCACAAACCUACAAUCAGCUAGUCUUUGAUCAGUGUGAUGACAAAUACUUUCGCUCUCUGCAGGACGUGACAAUAAGCAAGCCACCAGCGGCUGCCCGACAAAGACACAACAAGCGAACGAGAAGAAAGCAGAGGCGACGUCUCAGCUGUAGUUCCAGCAGCAGAAGUUGCAGAAGUGGUGGUGCUUCAAGCUUUAACAGCUCCAAGGUUAUCAAGUUCACGGCCCAAGCCAACUGCCACGGAUGUCCUCUGGACACUACCUCGUUGUUUGAUGCUACAACCAAUAGUCUUCCCGUGUCAAGACGGAGGCACCUUCAACAGCAAGCACCACAGCAGCAGCAUUCAUCCGUGACGUCCCUGUCGGUAAACAUCGAACCGUCACUACUGGCACAGGCGCAAGGGAGACAACAAUCGGCUUGCUUUUGUUCGGCAAGGAAUGUCAAUGCUUCAGGAGCACCCAGUACGACAUUGUUCCAGUCGACGUUCUCGGACGAACUCGACGAUCUAGACGACGUUGAUAUUGUCGAAAGUAUCGAGUCAAUAGGACAGUUCAUUGAAGUCAAGGAAUUCGCUUGUUCAGCAACAGCAGACAGCUUGCAAUCGACCAUCUUUUUGCAAGUAACCGGUGACCUGGAUGACUUGGAUGACGAAGCCAGGCAAGAGCUAGCGGAAGCCUUCCAAACGUCCUACAAUGAGUUUCUCUUUGACGCCUGCGACCCAUACUUUCGCCGAGCCACCAGCGUGAUUGUAGACGAAGGAAACUACACGACCUGGCUAGGAAGGCAGCCCUUUUCAGCACGGUUUGACACGGAGCGGUUAAUGAGGGUGACUGUACAAUUUGAGUGUCGUGGUGAUGAUUGUACCAGAAAUGACUCUGGCUUGUUUAGCCUUGGAGAGGAAACAUCAACUCCUACACCUUUCCUGGUUUCUGGGAGCAGUUUUAACCAAAACAUCCAGUCCUUUCCCCCCGGCAGCUGUUUUUGUCCAGUCGGUCGGGUUGGUGACCGUGCCGCUGCCACUGCCAGUGCGUUCCGUGAAGCGUUCACAUGGUUUCUGGAUGUGAGUGACAUCGAUGAGGUCGACGAAGUGCUUGAAUUAGACGCAUUCAACUGCGGGAACAGCACGACGGUGACUUCCACAAAAUUGGUUGUCGAAGUCAGUACAAGUCCUGAUGAUGCACCGUCAGUGAACCAAACAAACACAUAUUUCGCCGAUCUAGAGCAGACGAUGGCUGUCAUAUACAACGCUUUGAACUUUGAGACCCUUUGCGACAAUCCACAUUUUCGCACUGCUCUGCGCUUCCGAGUUCUUGGCGAUGAGGUGGCAACGGCGGCUACCUCAUCCGUCCUCACGGUGAACGCAGCCUACGAAUGCAGGAGCUGCUUAGAGGGCACUCCUCUUUUUAGCUGGACAAACGAGCCAGCUGUCGACUUCCCCUAUUUGAACCUGUCGGCCAUUGGCGGCGGUGGUUUCGAGCGCUUGACUGAAAUGUGCUAUUGCCCAAAGACUACUGCUCUCGUGCAAUCACGUUCACCGACCGAAACGGAAUUUGCUUCUGCGCUGAACGUGGGCUCAGGUCGGCGCAGAAUGCAAAGCGCUUCCCCAACCGUUCUUCAGGUUGUAGAGGUCAAAGAGCUAGCUUGCCCCCGGGACCAGUUUGCCUUUCAGACAGAGGUGUACUUGAGGCUGAAGCAGAAUGUGACCUCUUUGUCGGCCCAAGAACGUGAAGAAAUCAGAAGCGGGUUUGAAGAGACUUACAAUAGUCUCAACUUCUUUUUUUGCGACACGGUGCACUACCGACGAGUUCUCAGGGUGAAACUUGACCCUGACCAGAAUAGGAGACGAUCACAAGAAGUCUAUGAAGUCUUUGACGGGACUGGCGAUGACAACCUCUUGAGACUAGUGGUGGCUGUUGGAUGUCGUGACUGUGACAAUGAUUCAACCCUCUUUACGAACUCUUCGCAGGCAUCGGAUCAGGUAGAGGUACAAGAGUCUGCCUUAAAGUCUUCGUUGGUCCAAAGGCUUGCCGCAGGAGAAGACUUGGUUCGAAACAGUACAUCUCCAUGCCGUUGCUCUGCCACAUUCCCUUCUCAAGGAAGGGCACCAACGACGGAAGAAUUCCUGGCUUCCUUUAACAGCACCAUUGUCGACCUUCAAGAGUUUGGAGCUCUAAAUGAAAAACAAGCAGUAGAGGAAGUUAUUGAGAUAAAGCCUGUGGACUGCAGCGAUGAUGUGCAGCAAUUUGAAUCAAAAGUUGUUGUGAGCUUGGAAGGCGAUCUGGAGUUAUUGACACCAGAAGAGAAAACUGCUCUUGAGGAGGCGUUCAAGGAGUCAUACAACGAGCUUUCUUUCCUGAGGUGUGAUUCACUUUUUCGCAACAUUCUAGAUGUCACACUUGUCCCAGCAAGUGUACAAUCAGUUGGGCGAAGACAGUUGCAAUCUAAUGCCACUGGUGUCAAUUCCACGACAAGCACAGUGGAUCGGUCAGAUCGUGCUCUCUACUCGAUAACAGGGCAGUGCAGAGGUUGCCCAGUUACAAAUGCAGGAACAUUUGGACUCUUCGAUGACACAUUUCGGAGGGAUCGAAUUCUUGAGCAUGUUGUAAGUGCUAACGGUGAAGUUAGAAGAAGCCUACAGAAUCAAGUAUCUGGGUGUGUUUGCCCAGUGAACACAGAUCCAGUGGCCCCUGAUGCCCCAACAGAGGAUGAGUUUUCGAAAGCGUACGACAGUGCCGUCACGGAUCUCAGAGCACAAGGAACUCUAGUCAAUGUAGAGGGCGUUUCAGAUAUCACUGCCUGUGACAAAGAGGUCAGAGAAAUCACUGAUGUGUAUGGACUCUUCUUUGAUGGCAAUGUGGACUCCUUGUCUGAUGAAGAAAAAAGAGAUCUUAUAUUAGAGUCCUUCAAUUCGCUCAGGACUGACAUCUGCAGCGCUCAAGUUGUUGAUGUUUUUCUACUGGAUGAAUCACAAAAUAGUGGAACAGAUGCCAACGUUGUUGCUGAAGUUCUUGCGGUGUCUGAGAGAAGCCUGCAAAAUGGGGCAUUCUCAGGGGAUGGGAGCUUAAGCGAUGUCGAAUUCCUGGCCAACAUGAACUCUCAGCUCAUUUCUGUUGGAGCUGAUACCACAGCCCAAAGCAUUGAGUUCCUAACCCCCCUUGUCAGCUGCUCUGAUCAAAGAAGCACAUAUAGAGUGUCACUGGAGAUGAGCUAUCAAAGUGUUGAAUCCCUAGUGUGUCCUGAGAGAGAAGAGGAGACAGGAAAUGGAGAUGACAAUGAAUUCAAUGAUGAUGCAGAAGAUCCAAACAACUUUGACGACGACCCUAUCUUUGAUGAUCAAUUUGCUGAUGAUCGUUUUAUCGAUGAUGACGAAGGUGGAAACUUUGCUGCUGGCCGCGGGGACGAGCAGUUUUUUGAUGACGACUCGCUCAUAGAUUUGUUUGUGGAUGAUUUCGUCUAUGCUGAAGAUGAUGAUACGCUUGGUCCUUUUGUGGACGAUGAAACGCCGUUUGCGGAUGACCCAGCCUUUGUCGAUGAUACGGCCAUUGGGGUGCAGUUUGUGGAUGACGAGUUUGGGGCUGACGAUGGCUUUCCUGGAACCGACGAUUUUGGGAUUGAUGAUGAGUUUCCCGGAACCGACGAUUUUGGGAUUGAUGACGGACCAACUGAUGAUGGCUUUCCUGGAACCGACGACUUCGACGACUUCGAGACUGAUGAUGGACCAACCGAUGAUGGACCAACUGAUGAUGGGAUUGACACAGACGAUGGAGAAACUGACGAUGGCACAAUCACAGAUGAUGGAGGAACUGAUGAUGGUGGCGACACAGACGACGGAGAUACUGAUGAUGGAGGAACUGCUGAUGGAGGAACUGAUGAUGGUACCAACACAGACGACGGAGGAACUGAUGAUGGUGGCGACACAGACGACGGAGAUACUGAUGAUGGAGCUACUGAUGAUGGUGGUGACACAGAUGAUGGAGGAACUGAUGAUGGUACCGACACAGACAACGGAGGAACUGAUGAUGGUACAGACACAGACGACGGAGGAAAUGAUAAUGGAGGCGACACAGAUGAUGGAGGAACUGAUGAUGGAACUGACGAUGGGGAGUUCGGAGGAAACCCUCGAUUCACCCCUGAACCAACAGCUGUCUCGCAGACCGAUAUGCCAACAUCCACCCCUGGCAACUUUGAACCUACCUCAACUCCAGGCAACUCUGAGCCAACUGCAGACCCCCAGAUUGACACACCAACAAGCACUCCAGGUAACUCCGAGCCUACCUCCACUCCAGGCAACUCUGAGCCAACUGCAGAGCCCCAGACAGACAUGCCGACCAGCACAGCAGACACCCCAGAACCAACUCCAGUGCCCCAAACAGAUUUGCCAACAAGCACACAAGGCACCCCAGAACCAUCACCAGGGACCCAAACAGACAUGCCAACCAGCACAACAGACACCCCAGAACCGUCACCAGGGGCCCAAACAGACAUGCCAACUAGCACCCCUGAGACUCCAGAACCAUCACCAGGGGGCCAAAUAGACAUGCCAACAAGCACCCCUGAGACUCCAGCGCCAACCCCAGUGCCCCAAACAGACAUACCAACUAGCAAUCCAGACACACCAGAGCCGACUCCAGUGCCCCAAACAGACAUGCCAACCAGCAGUCCAGACACCCCUGAGCCAACUCCAGUGCCAGAAACAGACAUGCCAACAGGCAGUCCGGACACACCCGAGCCAACUCCAGUGCCUGAAACAGACAUGCCAACCAGCGGUCCAGACACCCCUGAGCCAACUCCAGUGCCCGAAACAGAUAUGCCAACUGAGUUAGUACGGAAUAGACGCCUACAAAGCCAAUGUACAGGCAGGCCAGUGGCAAGAAGGGUACAAAGAGUUUUUGAGGAAACAUAUGAACAGCUUGCACUACAGCUUUGUGACCCUUUCAAGCGAAGGAUCCAGGCUAUCUCUUGUGAAUACAGUGAUGUGGAGUCUGACUUCUCUGGUACGCUCUCAUGUGAGAUUGAGUUCCGUUGUUCAGGUCCGUGUGGUGAAUGGAUUGAUGACUCAGCCAUAUACCAGCAAAACGAUGUGUAUGAGACUGCAAAUUCUUGCACAUGCAGCAGCACUGGAGCUGCACAAGCACCGUUGUCAACUGACCAUAUCAAUGCCAUAAAUGCUGCCUUGGUUGACAUAACAAUUCAGUCUAUCAGCAAUGAAAGGUAG